AUGUGUAUAUUUCCUCUCUUCUCUCUCUCCUCUCUUUACUCACUUCUCACUCUCUCUCCCCUUCCUUACAUUUCUCUCUCUCGUUUCCCGCAUUUCUUUCUCUCUCUCUCGUUUCCCUCAUUUCUCUCUCUGUGUCCCGUUUCCUGCAUUUCUCUCUCUCUGGCACAGUGGAUAAAUCCUUCCUUAGAUUUCUCUCCUUCUCUCUCUCCCCUUCCUUACAUUUCUCUCUCUCGUUUCCCGCAUUUCUCUCUCUCUCGUUUCCCGUAUUUCUCUCUCUCUCGUUUCCCGUAUUUCUCUCUCUCUCUCUUUCUCUCUUGUUCUCUCUCUCUCUCUUUCCCAUUUCUCUCUCUCUCUCUCUCUCUCGUUUCCGCAUUUCUCUCUCUCUCUCUCUCUGUUUCUCAUUUCUCUCUCUCUCUCUCGUUUUCGCAUUUCUCUCUCUCUCUCUCGUUUCCCGCAUUUCUCUCUCUCUCUCUCAUUUCCAUAUUUCUCUCUCUCUCUCUCGUUUCCCAUUUCUCUCUCUCUCUCUCUCCUUUCCUCUCUUCUCUCUCUCGUUUCCCGCAUUUCUCUCUCUCUCUCAUUUCCCUCUUUCUCUCUCUCGUUUCCAUCUCUCUCUCUCUCUCUCUCUCUCUCAUUCCCGCAUUUCUCUCUCUCUCUCUCUCUCUCUCUCUCUCUCUCUCUCUCGUUUCCCAUUUCUCUCUCUUUCUCGCAUUUCUCUCUCUCUCUCGUUUCUCAUUCUCUCUCUCUCUCUCUCUCUCUCUCUCUCUCGUUUCCCGCAUUUCUCUCUCUCUCUCUCAUUCCCCAUUUCUCUCUCUCUCUCUCUCUCUCUCUCAUUCCCUCAUUUCUCUCUCUCUCUCUCUAUUUUCCGCAUUUCUCUCUCUCUCGUUUUUCCAUUUUUUCUCUCUCUCGUUUCCCGCAUUUUUCUCUCUCUCUCUCAUUCCCGCAUUUUUCUCUCUCUCUCGUUUCCAUUUUUCUCUCUCUCUCGUUUCCCUCAUUUCUCUCUCUCUCUCUCUCUCUCUCGUUUCCCGCAUUUCUCUCUCUCUCUCUCUCUCGUUUCCCGCAUUUCUCUCUCUCUCUCUCGUUUCCCACAUUUCUCUCUCUCUCUCUCUCUCGUUUCCCGCAUUUCUCUCUCUCUCUCUCUCUCGUUUCCCACAUUUCUCUCUCUCUCUUCCCACAUUUCUCUCUCUCUCUCGUUUCCCACAUUUCUCUCUCUCUCUCUCUCUCUCUCUCGUUUCCCACAUUCUCUCUCUCUCUCUCUCUCUCUCUCGUUUCUCCACAUUUCUCUCUCUCUGGCACAGUGGAUAA